AAUAAUUAUUAUUAUCAUAACAAACCUAUCUUUUGAAGUGUUGUGCUAUUGCUAGCUGUAUCUAUGCUAACACACAUUGCAACUACUAUAGCUGCUGAAGAUGAUCAUGAUGGAUGGUAAUCCAGGAGACGUAGUAGCCGUCUGGCAGGUGAAACUGGCGGACGGCCCUCAUAAAAUAGUGCUGGAGCAUGGAGGGACCUCAGGGAAGCGUGUCAUCUCUGUGGAUGGGGAGGAGGUACUGCGAAAGAACUGGAUGUUUCGUUUAGUUGGUUCGGAGGGUUUCAAGAUUGGUACUAGAGUGGCAGAGGUGGAAAUAAAGUCGUCCAAUUUCACAACGUUUGAGUACACCCUCAAAAUUGAUGGCAAGACACUCAAGCAGUUUAUUGAAGCUCAGAUCAAGAAUACCCGAACGUGGCUGCCUGAACUGAAAGGAGAGUCUCAUAGAGUAGUACUGGAUAUUGCCACUAUGGACGUAUACGCUGAUGGACACAAGCUUGAGACUUGUGGUGAGUUCACCGAGACAGGUGUGGAAACCCACUUUACUAUCGGGAGAACAUUCAGUGCAAUCAUUACUUCAGAGUCUUCAGGAAAUGCAAGAAAGGGACUUCUUUACAAACUACUACUUGAGAACGGCACCUCACUAGAGCCCAUCAAGGAACACUAGCCUCAUCCUGUAUUUAUGCAAACUGUCACUUAGCAAUAUUUAUGUUAAUUUUUACACAUACACACACAGAGUUGUCAUAAAAAAGUUAAGCAAAACGCUGAAACAGUUUGUUCUAAAGACGACCUAUACCCUAAUUUCAAUGUGUGAGGGAUAUCCCCUAGCUCAGAGGGGCAGACCCUACCGUCUCUAGCUCAGAGGGGCAGACCCUACCGUCUCUAGCUCUGUUGUGUGUAAAGAUGGGAAACUGUUUGAAUAAUUGUUUUGAGGACCAGAACACGGGCUAUCCAUCCGUAUCAGGCCGUGGCUCAAGCUCAGUUACUCAAGAGGACACAGAAACCAGGCGGCAGAGACAAGCUGAGGCUGCUGUCAAGCGACAGAAAGAGGGUGAGGGGCGUGGCCUACAGCACCCUGAGGCAGUCAUGGCCAAACAGAAGAGGAGAGAAGAGAUUGAGAAACGAGCUGAGGCUCAGGGAAGGUCUGGUGACUCUGCAUUGCGGUGGACAAUGGACUGAGCUGCUGUAUCAUCCCUGACCUGAACUAUCACACAGUCAUGGCUGUGUUUGUCAUGUUAUAUGUACCACUCCCUCAUCCCUUCAUAAGUGUUUUAUAUCAUCAAAAUAAUGAACAUUACUAUUAAUUAUAUGUAUAUAUAUGAAAACAUUAUUUGGUAAAGUUAAA